UGUCAUGAAGCCGUUUUGUUUGAAGACUCCUCAGAAAUGAGUGGCAUUCUGAAGGAAGCCCAAUCAAUCCGCAAGGAGAUCUGCCAGCUCAACUUGAAAAUUGAGCAGCUGAAUCUUCAGAACGAACGAUUCGGCACGUCUGUCCGCCGCUUCUCCCUCCUGAAAAAGGACUCUGACUCCAUGGCCAGGGGCAUCCAGCAGCAUGGCAAAGCUGUUUAUGCCCGUCUUCAGGCGCUAGCUGCAGAGAGAGAGAGGCUCGAGGGAUGUGCAGGUCCGAACUCUGCUGUAAGCCGUAUUGCUGGUGUUCAAUAUGAUACGCUUGCACGGGCUUUCCACGCUGCCAUGAGUGACUACAACCUCGCAGAAGAAACGCAGAGGAAGUCGUGUCGAGAGCGAAUCCAGAGGCAGGCCUCCAUCAUGGGCGCGGACAUCACCAGUGAGACUAUUGAUGAGAUGGUUGACAAAGGAGGCGAGGGCUGGGGGGAGCUGUUCCAGAGCCUGCAGAUGCAAGGCGGGCGAUCCUCUCGCUGGGCCCUGCACGAGAUCCAGGGCAGGCACAAGGAGCUGGUGGCCUUGGAAGCCAGGCUGAAGGAGAUGCAGGAGUUGUUCCUGCAAAUGGCCCUGCUUGUGGAAGAGCAAGGGUCUGUUGUUAACAGCAUAGAGGCUAACGUUUGUAAAACUCUGGAACAUGUUGAGAAAACAACGGUUCACAUUAAGAGGGCCGUCCAGUAUAAAAGAAAGAACCCGUUCCAACACUUCUGUCCGUGUCUGCCUUGCUGGAGACACACGUGAAGACUUCCUACAGCUUCCUUUUUAACUGAAUGUUCUUAUCUCAUGUAUUUUAUAUUAAAAUAUUUAAAUCUGUAUCCCAACACACAACC